CCCCUGGAGGCGGUGGAGUCCCGCGGGGGGAUGCCCGGCGGCUGCGUGCUGGUGGCCCGCACCGAGGUGCGCCUGGGGGGGCUGGCGGCGCCCCCGCACCUCCUCCUGGGCAAGCUGUUCCGCUGGCCCGACCUGCAGCACCCCGCCGAGCUGAAGCCCCUCUGCGAGUGCCAGAGCUUCGGCGUGGCCGACGGACCCACGGUCUGCUGCAACCCCUACCACUUCAGCCGCCUCUGUGGGCCAGAGUCUCCACCACCUCCCUACUCUCGGCUGUCUCCUAACGAUGAGCAAAAGCCACUGGAUCUAUCAGAUUCCACGUUGUCUUACACUGAAACAGAGGCUACAAACUCUCCCAACGUCACGCCCGGAGAUUUCUCAGACGCCAGCACGUCGCCCGACGCCGUGAAGAGGAGCCAUUGGUGCAACGUGGCCUACUGGGAGCACCGGACGCGCGUGGGCCGCCUGUACACAGUGUACGAACAGUCUGUCAGUAUCUUCUACGACCUACCUCAAGGAAACGGCUUCUGCCUGGGACAGCUCAACCUGGACAACAGGAGCGAGACUGUGAGAAGGACUCGGAGUAAAAUCGGCUACGGGAUUUUACUGAGCAAGGAACCGGACGGGGUGUGGGCCUACAACCGCAGCGAGCACCCCAUCUUCGUCAACUCGCCCACGCUGGACAUGCCCAGCUGCCGGACGCUGGUCGUGCGCAAGGUGAUGCCGGGCUACUCCAUCAAGGUGUUUGACUACGACAAGUCCUGCCUGCUGCAGCACACGGCCGAGCUGGAUUACACAGACGGGCCCUACGACCCCAACAGCGUCAGGAUCAGCUUUGCCAAGGGCUGGGGGCCCUGUUAUUCCAGACAGUUCAUCACCUCGUGUCCUUGUUGGCUGGAGAUCCUGCUCAGCAACAACCGAUAACAGAACGACAAAAAAAAAAAAUAA